AUGGGAGCAAAUGUCGAAAUCAUAACCGGUGCGCCUGCUCGGCCAGCGCCACCUGUAUGCUUGGUGCAUGGGGCAGUCUACCAUCACAGCUACUGCUUGCAAGCUGAACAACCACAUGAAGCAAAGUAUGCGCAGCUAUAUUUGUUCGAUGCGGAGGAAGCUCACCGUCUGCGAGCUUCACGUAACUACACGCUGGAUGCCCAGCUCCUGCGCGAUUUGGCUGCUAUGCUCGAAGAGGAAGCCAAUCCCUAUAUUGCUGCCUACCGCCGCAUAAACGAAGAGCCCGGUCUUCGCCUCGGCUUCGCUACAGCAACCGAUGCGGACCUUCGUCGUUACAAUCAUCCGCAAGCAAGCGAAAUUGCCGUGGCCUUCCGCUCAGAAGAUGGCGCUUUGACAGACCCGCGCACACCAGGAUGGCACGAUCAUUUGCAACAUGUUGUCGAGCACCGCACGCCCAAAUACACGCGCCUUACGCCGGCACAAUUUUAUUCGCACCGGCUCAUGGUGCGUGACCUCAAUUGCGCACUUCCACACGGCGGCAGCCUCCUCUUUCAGCAGUAUGUGGUCGACACUUUUUGUCGCAUGGAAGGUCACCGCAUGUCCUGGCUACGGAUGAAUCAGGCUAAGCUCCGUGCCGAAUCUCGCAGCGGUAUCGCGGACUACUUAGCGCAGGAUGAUGACGGCAUUGAUCGAUGUGGGCGCCCCAUCAUACUGCCUGCAUCCCAUGCCGGCAGUCCGCGUAAUAUGUUCCAACUCUACCCCGACGCACUGGCUGUUGUGCGUCGCUGCGAUUUCGUGGUCGGCAACGCUGCAGCUCCCAGCGACGAGAUCACGUGCCAUAUUGACGCGCGAUAUGUCAGUGCUGCUGAAGCGGCAUGGCGCAUUUUCGAAUUUCCGCUGAGUGGCUCCACGCACACCGUCGUGCGCCGGAGUGUCCACCUGCCGAACGAGAACAUGGUUACCUUCGCUGAAGGGCAAGAAGAAGCUGCUUUGCAAGCGCCCGCAGGAUCCAAGACUACCUUGACGGCAUGGUUUGACCUCAACACUCAGAUCCGCCACGAGAAUCCACAGUCAGAGAUCCUCGCGCAAACAUAUAUCGACAUCCCCCGCUAUUGCACAUGGAACAAUGCUGCACGUUACUGGAAGCUAUGCAAAGCCACUGCUGCCCCUGCGCAGCGUGUGGUUGGCCGCCUGGCGCAGGUUUCACCGACAGAAGGCGACAGGUUCUUUUUGUACUUGCUGCUGCUCAAAACACCCGGUGCACAGUCCUUCGAAGAUCUGCGAUUUGCCGAAGGACAACAAUUUUUCACAUUUCAAGCUGCUGCCACAGCUCGCGGACUUUGCGACUCCGAUUCUCAUUAUUUGCAGGCGCUGGAUGAAGUCCUUGCCACGUCUCCUGCCGCUCGCGCACGCAAGUUCUUGGUUGCAGUUCUGACAUGUUGCGAUAUUGGCGACCCGCGUGCUCUUUGGACGGCCUUCGAGGACCGAUUCUGCGAAGAUUUCCUGCAUCGGCUUCCAAAAGCAUUGGCACUUGAUGCGACCUUGCAACAUGUGCAAUCCCUUCUGCAGACUUGCGGCAAGACCACCUCAGAUUUCGGCCUGCCACUGCCGGCUGGAUUCGAUGCCGAAGCUUUCCGUCUAUGUGAAUUGCGCGAAGAGUUGUCCUAUGACGCUGCUUUCGAGCAUGCCGAAGCCUGCCGACUGAUCAGCUCCUUGAACGCAGAUCAGCGGCGCAUCUUCGACGAGGUCGUGGCGAGAUUGCAGUGGCGUGCGCAUGGUCCGGCCUCGCUACCUCUUUGCUUCCUGGAGGACGCACAUGCCAUGCUCGUUUUGGUUUCCCGGUGUACUGUUUUGCUAUGGGACGAAGUGGGUACAGCGGCUGCAAAUGCUGUGGACGCAGCAGAUGCAUGCUUGCAAGAUUUGUGCGAUAAUAGUGCACCGUUUGCUGGCAAAGUCGUCCUCCUCGGCGGUGAUUUGCAUCAAAUAAUUCCAAGGGCCGAGUUCGCCGAUCGUGCUGAAGUGGUUGGGACUGCUGUUACCCGAAGCAAGGUUUGGAGCUACCCGCACAUGCAGCGCUUUUCCCUGACGACGAAUAUGCGCGCAGCCGAGGAUACGGCUUACAAGGAUUUCUUGCUGCGCGUUGGCUCCGGUACGGAGCCUUUCGAUCUGGAUUGCGGCAUAAAUGCAAUCUGCUUGCCGCCGAAAUUGAUCUU